ACACACGGUGCUUUAAAAGUCGCAUUCUUUUCCAAGUUGUCGAAAAAAAAAUAAACGAAACGAGUGCUAAAGGGACAAGAGGAGUAAAGAGGAGCGAGGUUUACUUCCGCACUCCGCGAGAGCGGCGUGUGAAGAGGACGAAAGGGGAAGAGAAAAGGGAAUUGUUGGCGAGUGUGUUAUCUUUUCUUUUUCAAGUUGGAGACACGUGUUAGAACCAAGUAGCGUAUGCUGUGCGCGCAUCGUGAUGUGGGAUAAAAAAGUAGUUUAUUAACAAUAGAAUUUAAAGAUACGUGGAUACUCGUAAACUCGUUGAGGAUAAGACACGCUGGACACGAAGAAAGUUGCGUGACAGAGGCGCAGGAGAGGUGAAAAGUUUCUUUCAACUGGUCAUACCUUUUAGAAGGAAUGCGUAACUGUGCUCAACUCGAUCGCUACCAGUCGACCGAAUCACGAUCGGAGUGAACUUUGAUUAUCUAUUGUCGGCGAUUUAAGAAACUAGAUCGACGGUUAUCGCAUCGGACUCUCCGUGCUUAUUUUCAUGAGCACGUGAUACCGUAUGACGGAAUAACUUAAAAGGACACGAAAUUUCUUCGAUCACGCGUGUGAUCUUUUUCGGGAUCCGCGGACCCGGCGCGUUCCGUUGCUCCUUUUUCGUUUACGAAUCUCUCUCGAGAGAGAGAGAGAAAGACGGAAGAGGAAGGGAGACGGAGCGUUGCGUGCGCGCGCGUGUGAGUGGACGCACGCGUGUCCGCGUGCGUGCGUCGCGGACGCGCGUGAUGCAAGCCGCGUGGACUGUCGCAAUUCGGGCCGGAUAAAUAAUCGCGGAUCGACCGCUCGGCGCGUCCGCUCGCGUAUUCGUCGAAAAAAAUCGUCGCGGGGGUGGGAAGACUCGCGGAGCGAGGAGGGGAACGCGUCGCCUCGGUCAGUACAGUGAGUGCGGAAGGAAUCAGGUGCGGGAAACAAACUCCGCAGACAUGUUGGUGCCUCACUUCCUUCUUCCCGAGUGUCGCGUGUAGCAAGAUAGAAACGGCAGGUGAACGACAGCGCGUGGAAAAGAGAGAACAAAACUAUCCGGGUGCGGCGUAGACGGGACGCGAAAGAGGCGGAGAAAUCUCGGAGGUGGUUUUAGAUGUUAAAAGGCGCGGGGGUGGCUAGAGUGGCCCCGCCGCUGGGUACGGGUCCAGAUGCCGGUCCCCAUAUCGCAAACACCCACAUUAACCUCCACCCUCGUGCCCAAGGAGGAAUCAAACAUGCCCUUCAUAGACGACGAGCUAUUCUGGUACUCUGACAAUGACAAUGGAAAGAUAGAUCUGACCCAGUGCCUUCAGCAGAGCAACACGGGCCAAUCGGUAGAGUUUUCUCCGAUGGAGUUGAGUGCUCUGGCGGUACCAAAUAUGCCGGCGGAGGAAGGCGCUGGUAUGUCCAGUGUCACAGGAGAGGAAUUAUUCGAUCCCUUGGACUUUCUGCGGGAACUCGAAGCAGAGGCCAGCCAACCCACCUCUACCACAACCCCUUCCUCCUACAAAAGACAGAGGCACAAUAUUGCUGCGGCGAAUCCUUUAUUAGCAGAAAAAUUAGCAGCUCCUUCGACGCAAGCAUCUCCAACGAUUCCUUCGAUCUCUUACGCCUCGAGGGCAGAAAUCAAGACGGAAAAUAUUCAACCUGAAACGAGCAAAGUGGAUACCAGGGAAGUUCAGCCGCACGACACGGGCGAGAAGGAGCAGCUGGGCCUCGCGAGCGUAAAAGUUGAGCCGGGAUCCACCAGCGCGACGACCACCAGCAGCACGGGGACUCGUCUGCUCCACGGUAUUCUCUCCCAGCAUCCCCAGCAGCAUGGCCUGGGCCUGCCAAACGGAUACGGCCGACACUUGGCCGGUCAUGCACAGAUGGGCCAACCGCCUUACACCACUGCCGCCAUCGCCACGACGAAUACGCCAGGAAGUGGAUCACUGCCAGCGAGUCCAGCGGACAGCGGAGUCAGUGACGUCGAGUCCAGCACGUCCUCCGGUGGCAACGAGGACGCGAAUCUCUUACUGAAAGCCAGGCUCAAUCCUAAUUCGUCCCUCCAGCCGAGCUUGGCGUCUCAUCACUCUCAUCUGUCGUCGGCAGCACUCGGUAGAUCAGCCUGCCACAGCCCUGGCGUAUAUCCGGGGUCGACGGCAAGCUUCCUGUCGCCUACCUAUCAUCCUCAUCAGCAUCAUCCCUCCCAGUAUCACCCACAUCGGGGGAGCUCGCCGCACCAUCAGCACAGCAACCAUACCAUGGGUCCGACGAUGGGACCGCCCCACCAUCACCAUCAUCAUCAAGCGCAAGGUCUUCAGCAUCACUUGCAUUACCGUCAGCCAUCCUCACUGUCCGAUAGCUACAACAGUUACAUAAACAUGUACGGCGGGGGUGGGCAGUUUGCGACCCCCUGUACCCCGAGUCCGCCGCGAGGACCCGGUGGCGUGCCCACCAGUGUGAUCCAGGCGGCCACCAGCUCGGUUUCGGACGAUCUCUACCUUCUCGAGCUCGGCUUCCCGCCGCGCUCGAAGAAGAACAAGUUGAAAAAGCCGCGGCAGGGUAGCGAGGGCGGCGCCGCGGUGAAGCGGAAGUCGCGCGAGGGCUCGACCACGUACCUGUGGGAGUUCCUGCUCAAGCUGCUGCAGGAUCGCGAGUACUGUCCGCGAUACAUCAAAUGGACGAAUCGCGAGCGGGGCGUCUUCAAGCUGGUCGACAGCAAGGCGGUCUCGCGGCUCUGGGGUAUGCACAAGAACAAGCCGGACAUGAACUACGAGACGAUGGGUAGGGCACUGCGCUACUAUUAUCAGCGUGGCAUCCUGGCGAAGGUGGAUGGCCAACGGCUGGUCUAUCAGUUCGUCGAAGUGCCGAAGGACAUUGUCGAGAUCGAUUGUACGGGCGCAUGAGACAGGGGGUCGACUCGUCCCGCGGGGCACGAGAGAGAAAAAAA